AAUCAAUUUUUUUACAUCUUUCGAUCAUCGUUGUUAUUUUUUUUUCUUUCUAAAAUUUAAUAAUUUUGGAAUGGAGUUUAACUUAAUCUUGUUGAAAUAAUGAAUUUUUUGAAUGAUUUGCUAUGCAUGAGGUUUUUUUUUUGUAGUGAAGACCAAUAAGAGAUGAAUUUCACAGAAGCUAUGAAUGUUGUGCACAACAGAAUUCACCAACUUGAACCAGAGAAUGCAUUGAAGAUCAUCGGUUAUCUCUUGUUGAUGCAACACCACAACGACCGUGACAUGAUCCGUCUCGCAUUCUGUCCAGAUUCGGUGAUGCGUUCCAUGAUCAACUGUGUUAAAUAUGAAUUGGCUAAUAACUCUCAUUGCGACAUUCCUACUUCUGAUCACAUUCAAGUCCGUAAAUUCAGAUCAUUCACCGGUUCAUCAAACCAAUCUCUUUUGGUUUCUGUCUCUCCUCCUUCUGUUCUCUCCAUGGGAACAAGUUUUUGGGAGAAUACAAACAACAUGGAUUCAUCAUUGCAAAACAAUGUUCAGUUCUUGAAUUUUGAGGAUUCUUUGACCAGUCCUGAAUUCUCAACUAAUUUUUUCUCUCAAGAGAAACAAGGUCUAUCGUUGAGAACUAGUCGAAGAUCACCGAGUUUACCGGAGUUUCCUGUGAAAAUCUGCCACUACUUCAACAAAGGGUUUUGCAAACACGGCAACAACUGUAGGUAUUUCCAUGGAAAAACCACACCGGAGAGAGAUAGUUUUGCGCAGACGUUUAAUCCAAACAACAACCUAAGCGAUGAAGAGCAUGUUGUUUCCCCUGUAUCACUUGAGAAGCUAGAAAGAGAGAUCAUUGAGCUACUUAAAUCAAGAAGAGGUGCUCCAAUUUCCAUAGCUUCUUUGCCAAUGAUGUACUACGAGAAGUAUGGUAGGACUCUUCAAGCUGAAGGAUAUCUCACUGAGUCACAAAGACAUGGAAAAGCUGGCUAUAGCCUCACCAAGCUUCUUGCUCGCUUAAAGAACACCAUCCGCCUCAUCGACAUGCCUCAUGGGCAACAUUCAGUUAUACUAGCAGAAGAUGUAUCAAAGUUUGUGGAAUAUACGGGAGAGAGAAGCGAACACGGAGCGAUCCUUGCUGGUUCGAGACAGAUUUACUUAACAUUUCCGGCAGAGAGUAGUUUCACUGAACAUGAUGUUUCAAACUAUUUCUCCAAAGUUGGAUCAGUGGAAGAUGUGAGGAUUCCAUGUCAACAAAAGAGAAUGUUUGGAUUUGUAACUUUUGCUUACACAGAAGACGUCAAACACAUUCUUGCUAAAGGCAAUCCUCAUUUCAUAUGCGGAGCACGUGUUCUCGUCAAGCCUUACCGGGAAAAAUCACGCUCUAAUAGGUAUCUUGACAAUAACAAACCUCCGAACGACGUUCGAUAUGGAUCUCAAUACAUUGACAGAGAAACAGAACUAAACACUUUGCCACAACGAGUUAGCGAGAUCUUCAAACUAACGAGGAAGCGGUUUCUUGAGGAUCAUGAGCAAUCAGUGUCUAAGUCCUUACCUAAUAAUUACUCAUAUCUCGGGUUCUCUUCCAAUGACUUCAAGCUAACAACAAAUGAGGAACAAGAGGAACAAGCAGAACAAUUAAGUUAUCUACUGGAUUAUCUGAACACCGAAGAUAAUGUCAUGAACAUAAGUCCUAACUACAAAGACAAUGAUCGGAGGAUACACUGUGAAUCUUUAGUGGGUCAAGUCUUAAAUUUACCUGAGAGUCCGUUUUCUUCCCUUUGCGGGAAGAAGAUUUCUAUGGUUACAUAGAGAGAGUGUCACCAUACCAAAAAUAAAAACUGAAAAGGAAGAUAUGAGCAUAAAGGUUAGAGGAAAUU